AUGUCAACAUUUAUAUUAAGUAAAACCCAAAGAAGCAAACCUUUAUUACUCUGUAAUGGCCUUAAUUAUACUAUCGACAAAACAACUGAUGAUAAAAUUUAUUGGAAAUACGAGUUUGCUCGAACGCUUAAAUGUAAAGGUCGAGUUCAUACUAAUUCUCUUAAUACCAUUAUAUCACAUGAAACUAAUAACCAUAAUCAUCUUGGAAAUGCUGUUUCAAGUGAAAUUCGAAUAUUUGAAGAAAAAAUUCGUGAUCGUACUAUUAACUAUAAUGAAUCUACACAAACUAUCAUUGAUAAUUGUUUAACGAAUUUAUCGGAUAGUACUGUAUAUUUAGAUUUCAAAGGAAGGGUUAAAAGAAAUCGAACGUUUAUAGAGAAUCGAAAAGAAAAUCGUAUUAAACUUGAUGACUAUUUUGAUGAAACAAACCAUAUUCAUGAUCCAAACGCUAGCUAUAUAUCCAAUACGGAUACUACAGAAAAAACAAAUGUCAAAUUACAAUAUAGAAGAAGAUAUGCUUGUAAACGAAUUAAAUUUACUAACAAUAUUAACUUUAUAGAUAAUUAUGAUCGUGCUGACGAUGUUAUUAUACCUGAAGAUGUUAUAGUUUGUGAGAAACAAGAACUUUUGUUUUGUGGUCGUCAUGCUCUUAGAGCACUUGUGCAAAAUGUAGAAAUAUUUGAUGAUACAAAUUUAAUUAGUUUAGCAAAAGAACUUGCAACACAAGAAAUAGUACUCCAUCAAGAUAUAAGUAUAUACCAAGAAUUUUAUUUCAAUCAUGUCACUGGUUAUUAUCACAUUGAAAUUACUUAA